CCGCCCCCGGCGGCGGGAGCCCGCCCCGGCCCGGCCCGGCCCGGCCCGGCCCGGCGCGGGUUGCCAUGACAAGCAGUUUCUCUCGCUAGCGCCGGAGCCGCCGCCGCCCUCCUCCUCCUCUUCCUCCUCUUCUUCCUCCCAUGGCCGCCCGCGGGGGCUCCGCCGCGGCGCCGCGGGGGCUGCGCCGGUUUGGGAGCUAACGGGCAGCGUCCCCGGUGCCCGGCGCGGCACCGCGUCCCCGGCCCCGGCGGAGGUGUAAUGCAGCCGCUUAUUAUUCCGGGCAGCUCCAGUCGCUGUGGUAUCCAGGGAACCCUCCUCCUUCUCCAGGAGAUGCACGCUGGUCGUUGCUAAGGUCGCCUCCACGGUAACAUGCACAUCCUGUUUACACCUUCAUCCGGAGAAGUUGGGCUUGGCUAGAGGCACCCGCUUCACCUGGGAAGCUCCCGCGGGAAGCGCCCGCUCGUCGCCCCCGCCGCGUCUCCUGCGGAGCGGGGCUGCGCCGAGGCUCGCCCGCCUCCCCCAGCGGGACCUCGCGGCGCGGAGGCGAGGAACUAGGAUCCCGUCCUCUCGCGGCAUCGCCGUCGCGAGCGCGGCUGCGUCGGCGCGAUGACGAACAACGUGGCUGACCACCACCCUGGGAACUCGGUUGCCGAAGGCAACCAUGAGGGGGACUUUGGUUGCUCCGUGGUGGAGCUGAGGAACCUCAUGGAGCUGAGGAGCGCCGAGGCGGUCGCCAGGCUCAACGACUCGUACGGAGGCGUGCAGAACAUCUGCAAGAGGUUGAAGACGUCGCCGGUGGAAGGCCUAUCCGGGAACCCGACCGAUUUGGAGAAGAGGAGGCAGGUGUUCGGCCAGAACUUCAUUCCUCCCAAAAAGGCCAAGACGUUCCUGCAGUUAGUGUGGGAGGCGCUUCAGGACGUCACACUGAUCAUCUUGGAAAUCGCAGCCAUAAUCUCCCUGGGCCUGUCGUUCUAUCACCCCCCGGGCGGCGACAACGAAUUGUGCGGCCAGUCGUCGGGUGGCGUGGAGGACGAGGGGGAGUCGCAGGCCGGCUGGAUCGAGGGCGCCGCUAUCUUGUUUUCGGUGAUCAUCGUGGUGCUGGUGACCGCCUUCAAUGACUGGAGCAAGGAGAAGCAGUUCCGGGGUCUCCAGAGCCGCAUCGAGCAGGAGCAGAAAUUCACGGUCAUCCGCAAGGGGCAGGUGAUUCAGAUCCCGGUGGCCGAGAUCGUGGUGGGAGACAUCGCGCAGAUCAAGUACGGUGACCUCUUGCCAUCAGAUGGCAUCCUGAUCCAAGGGAAUGACUUGAAAAUUGAUGAGAGCUCACUGACUGGGGAAUCAGACCAAGUCAAGAAAUCCCUCGAUAAAGACCCCAUGCUGCUGUCAGGUACCCACGUGAUGGAGGGGUCUGGACGGAUGGUGGUGACUGCUGUGGGUAUAAACUCGCAGACGGGAAUCAUCUUCACCCUCUUGGGUGCAGGAGAAGGAGAUGAGGAAAAGAAGGUGAAGAAAGGUAAAAAACCCGGAGCCCCCGAAAAUCGCAACAAAGCUAAAACUCAGGAUGGUGUGGCCUUAGAGAUCCAACCCCUGAAGAGCCAGGAGGGAGUGGAAAAUGAGGAGAAGGAGAAGAAGAAAGUGAAAGUCCCCAAGAAGGAGAAGUCUGUGCUGCAAGGGAAGCUCACGCGCCUGGCAGUCCAGAUCGGGAAGGCAGGGCUCAUCAUGUCAGCCAUCACAGUCAUCAUCUUGGUGCUGUACUUCGUGAUCGACACGUUCGGGGUGCAGGGCCGGCCCUGGCUGGCGGAGUGCACCCCCAUUUACAUCCAGUACUUUGUCAAGUUUUUCAUCAUCGGUGUCACUGUGUUAGUGGUGGCUGUGCCCGAAGGGCUCCCGCUGGCCGUCACCAUCUCCCUGGCCUACUCUGUCAAGAAAAUGAUGAAGGACAACAACCUUGUGAGGCACCUGGAUGCCUGUGAGACCAUGGGCAACGCCACCGCCAUCUGCUCGGACAAGACAGGCACGCUCACCAUGAACCGCAUGACCGUGGUGCAGGCCUACGUGGGAGACACCCACUACCGCCAGAUCCCCGACCCCGAAGCCAUCCUGCCCAAGGUCCUGGACCUCAUAGUCAACGGCGUUGCCGUCAACUCUGCCUACACGUCCAAGAUCCUGCCACCAGAGAAGGAAGGGGGGCUACCCCGGCAAGUGGGGAACAAGACCGAGUGUGCCCUGCUGGGUUUCGUGCUGGACUUGAAGCAGGAUUACCAGGCCGUGCGGAACGAGGUGCCGGAGGAGAAGCUGUACAAGGUCUACACCUUCAACUCGGUGCGCAAGUCCAUGAGCACGGUGCUGAAGAACGUGAACGGCAGCUUCCGCAUGUACAGCAAGGGAGCCUCCGAGAUCAUCCUCCGCAAGUGCACCAGGAUCUUGGACAAGAAUGGCGAUCCCCGGGUAUUCAAGCUGAAGGACCGAGAUGAGAUGGUGAAGAAGGUGAUUGAGCCCAUGGCCUGCCAUGGGUUACGGACCAUCUGCCUGGCCUUCCGUGACUUCCCCGCUGGUGCCGAGCCGGACUGGGACAGUGAGAACGAGAUUCUGUCUGACCUGACCUGCAUCGCUGUGGUCGGGAUAGAGGACCCCGUCCGGCCAGAGGUGCCAGACGCCAUCCUGAAGUGCCAGCGUGCGGGCAUCACCGUCCGGAUGGUGACAGGGGACAACAUCAACACCGCCCGCGCCAUCGCCACCAAGUGCGGCAUCCUGCUGCCGGGAGAGGACUUUCUGUGCCUGGAGGGGAAGGAGUUCAACCGGCUCAUCCGCAACGAGAAGGGAGAGGUGGAACAAGAGCAGCUCGAUAAGAUCUGGCCCAAGCUGCGCGUGCUGGCCCGCUCCUCCCCGACGGAUAAGCACACGCUCGUGAAAGGAAUUAUCGACAGCACCGUUGGCGAGCAGAGGCAGGUAGUGGCUGUGACGGGAGACGGGACCAAUGAUGGCCCAGCUCUGAAGAAAGCAGACGUUGGAUUCGCGAUGGGCAUCGCAGGCACGGACGUCGCCAAGGAGGCUUCAGACAUCAUCUUGACGGACGACAACUUCACCAGCAUCGUCAAGGCGGUGAUGUGGGGACGCAACGUCUAUGACAGCAUCUCCAAGUUCCUGCAAUUCCAGCUGACCGUUAACGUCGUGGCCGUCAUCGUGGCGUUCACGGGUGCCUGUAUCACGCAGGACUCUCCCCUGAAGGCGGUCCAGAUGCUGUGGGUGAACCUGAUCAUGGACACCUUCGCCUCCUUAGCCCUGGCCACAGAGCCCCCCUCUGAGUCUCUGCUGCUCCGCAAGCCGUACGGCCGCAACAAGCCACUCAUCUCCCGCACAAUGAUGAAGAACAUCCUGGGUCACGCGGUGUACCAGCUAACUAUCAUUUUCACGCUGCUUUUUGCGGGGGAGAAGUUUUUUGAUAUCGACAGUGGCCGGAACGCCCCCCUGCACUCCCCACCCACCGAACACUACACUAUCGUCUUCAACACUUUCGUCAUGAUGCAGUUGUUCAAUGAGAUCAACGCUCGCAAGAUCCACGGGGAGAGGAACGUCUUCGAGUCCAUCUAUCGGAAUCCCAUCUUCUGCACGGUGGUGCUUGGGACCUUUGCAGCUCAGAUCAUCAUUGUGGAGUUUGGUGGGAAGCCGUUCAGCUGCUCUGGGCUCACCCUGAGCCAGUGGUUCUGGUGUAUUUUUAUUGGAGUGGGAGAGCUCCUUUGGGGUCAGCUGAUCUGCACUGUCCCAACCAGCCACCUGAAGUUCCUGAAGGAAGCUGGGCAUGGCAUCACCAAGGAGGAGAUCCCAGAAGAGGAGCUACCUGAGGACGUGGAUGAGAUUGACCACGCUGAAAUGGAGCUGCGGCGUGGGCAGAUCCUGUGGUUCAGGGGCCUCAACAGGAUACAGACUCAGAUGGACGUAGUUUACACAUUCCAGACCGGCGCCUCCUCUUUGCAGGGAGCCCUCAGGAGACAGCCUUCCAUCGUGAGCCAGCACCACGAUAUCAAAGUGGUGAAUGCGUUCCGUAGCUCCUUGUACGAAGGCCUCGAGAAACCCGAAUCCAGAAGCUCCAUUCAUAACUUCAUGACUCACCCAGAGUUCAUCCUGGAGGAAGACGAGCCUCGAACACCAUUCCUUGACGGCGCUGAAGACGACCCCGAGACUGAUGGACUCAAAAAGCGAGGUGGGGGUAGCCCGGGUGGAUCUACAUCCCUCAACAAAAAUAACAAUGCAGUGGACAGCGAUCAAGUCGAGGUCACCAUCCCGGAGCCCGAAAGCCCCUUACACAGCUUGGAGACAUCGGUUUGACCUUAGAACUUCGAACCCCCCUCCUCCUCCACCCUCGCCCGGUGUGAUAUCGGCACCAGUAACUGAUCACACACUGCGGUCACUUCAUGUCAAACUGCUCAUACGUAUAUCAUUUGGGUUUUUUUUUUUCUUUUUUUACAAUUAUUUAGCAGUGGGAACCAGAGUACCACAAUGCUGGGUGUUGGGAGGGGCUAAGCCAAAAUUGUGCAUCUUCAUCCCUAAUUUUCAGUGGUACUCGCCCAAGCAAAACAGCCAGGUUAUUUCCUCUCUGAGAGUUGGGCCCCAUGCAUCUGUAGGGGGGUUUCACUUUGAGAAAUGCAUGUUCAAAGAAAGUUCAAAUUGUCAUAGUCUUACAUGCACACUCUGUCCGAGGGCAGGAGGGUGCACUUGUGACUUUAUUUUUCCACUUGUGGUUUUUAGUUUUUUUUUUUUUUUUUUCUCCUAAUGUUGGGGUUUUUCCUUUGCUUGUGAAAUUUGCCCCCGGUAACUUCACGGUGGGAAGUGGGGGAGCUAGCACUGUGGUGCGAAAAUUAAACAAACAGCCAGGGGGAAGGUGUUUACCCACAGGUUGAUAGAUACAGGGAUGUACACCAGUCUUCCACCUUUAAAAAUGGUACCUAGCCUUUACAGUUCCUCCUCUGUGUGUGCAUGCACACUUUUCUCUCUGUUUCCAAAGCAGUAGUUGUUAGACAAGGGAUGAAGGGGACUUUGCUGUAACCUUGCUGGAUUUGAAAGAUUCUGAUUUUUUCUACAAAACGAAGUGGAGGUGAACUGGCAGUGUGGGAGUGGUGAAGAAAAACCCCAGGAUCGUGAGAUAUGGGGCUCCUCCCUGGGGAAUCUUAAGAAAUGCCUCUGUCCUGCUCUUGAACAGCUGUGAAAGUCUUGGCAAGAGCCAUGCAAAACUUUUAACAGUUCCUGCCAUCAGGAGCGGAGGGGCUUUUGGCGCUCGCAUGUUCUGGCUUGUGUAUUUAGGCUAAAUAAUCCUUGAGCGUUGGAGUACAAGCUGUGGUUCCCUCCUGGGGAAUCCCCGAGGACGAGGCAGCUGUGCCCACUGGCUCUGCACAUCACUUCCAAAGCAGUAGCAGGCUGAGAGGAGAAUGAGCGUCUGGUUAUUGACAGUACAGCUGGGUCAAGUCAUGGAUCGCAGAAGAGACAGGGCAGGUAGGCUCUUUGGCUGGUGGAAGGGAGAGAGGCUCCUUGGCUGAUGGGAGGAACCUUGACAUCCAUAGCGGAUUUGCCAAGGGAGGCACUUCCUUGCAGAGCUGGUAGGUUGAUUGGCUAGGUCUUCCAGAGAAGGUGCCACAUUGAGGCUUGCCUCACUUGCUGCUUUUUUGAAGGCCAUCUCUUCACCCUGCUUCCUGCCUUACCUUGGCCUCCCCUAACCAUUUCUCUCCAGGUGAGAAUCCUGAGCAGAGGCCCUGGGUGUCCUGGGCAAGUUUGCUCUGAACCAAGCCUCCUGCGAAGCCAAGAAUGGGCCAGACCAGGAGACAGGAGAUUGGUUUGCUUGGGCCUAGUUUCUUCACUGUGGGCUCUUGUUGGUUCAUCCCCAGCUGUUGGCCCCAGGUGGGAAGGGCUGGAAAAAGCUCUGCCGCCUUCUCUCCCUUGUCCCAUUUGGUUUGGUUGGAAGCAGUGAGAACCUGGCUGUAAUUGGCUGUACAAUGUUGUCGUCUUUGCCCGGCCUCUGUCCCUGUAAGUGGAGAGGUUUUAGCGACAGGGUGGGUUGGCUGGUUUCUUUCUUUCUUUUCUUUUUCUUAAGAACGCACAGCAGAAUCUCCCGUGCCUUUUCCGAGCACUGCCUGCAGCACCGCCUGCCACUCGAGAGCCCAGUACUUUGCCAAGAAAUAAGUGUUCCUUAAAUGACAGCAACCAAAACCCAGCGUCUUGGUUUCCUUUCCAGUCCAGCACUGACUUGUCCCUUCCUUGGGGUGGGAGGAGGGAAGGACGAGGUCUCGCCGCGCCGUUCCUCUCCCAGGUAGCUGAGGAAAGGCCCUUCUCCCACGGGUCUCCUGCCUCGGUGCUGGCGAAGGCAGGCGAGCGCUGGGCUCCGUACACUGCCAACAGCGAGAAGAAGUUGCCACCACUGCCCAUCUCAGUUGCAAAUCCAGUGUCGAGACACCUGCCCGUGCAGACAACCCCAUCGCUGUCCUCCCCUUCCGUUCUUCACGCGAGCUGAGAAAACGCCUUGGGCAGAACCGGGGGCGGGAGGGGGCUGGCGGUUCCUUAGCCGCACGCGGGUGACGCGAGAGGAGAGGCCAAAGCGUGGCGGGGUUCGUUCGGGUCUAAAGGUGACAUUGCUUAAAAGAUCACUUUUUCUAUUUUAAAUACUUGCAAAAAAAGGAUGAAAAUACGGUGUUCUUACAGGCUUACAUAAAUAUUUAUUGAAUACUUUAUGGGGGGGACACUGAUUUUUGUUUCUUUUGAUAUUUUUUUAUUACCUCAGACCUGUUGUAAGAAAAGACUUAAAAAACCAACGAAAAAACAACAAAAAGCUGACUUUGGAGGCUCUUAAAGUCACUCCCAGAAAUCUGUGACUGGCAGGUUGCCACAAGGGUCUGGUUGUUCUUUAGUUGAUAUAUUUUUGUUGUUCUAGUUUCCAUAUUAGGAGGGGGAGAAAUAAUUAUAUAUAAAUAUUAUGCAAAAAAUAUAGUUUUCUUUAGAUCAGAAACUGAUAUUUUUAUGUCAGCCAUAUGUAUUUUGUUUAAAGGAAAAAAAAAUCUUGAGUCAUGUGUCUGCAACGGCAUGUGACCGUGUGACAGCAGUUCAAAGUGACAGGUAAUUUAGUAUAUCAGCGAUUGGAUGCCAGUCAGCUUCCUUUUCUCUGAGCAGCCAUCUUUAUACUAGAUGUUAGUUGGAUGACACAAAUGUUUUUUUAUAUAAAUUAUGUUGGUAUGGCUGGUUGCUUAAAGCAUAAACGUUUAUUGUGCAUACAUCUUAUGUAAAGUAUUUUUUCUAUUUAGUUUCCGUGAUAUACUGGCAGCAGAUGACUAUUGGGUUAAGUUAUUGAGGACAUUACGAAACCGUUGGGGGAGAUUGGUGCUCUACACUAAAAGGCAUGGUCGGCGGCAUGAACUUCUGGGGACUUCUCUGCAACAUGCCUUGAAGGAGGGGGAGAUUUGUGCUUUGUUUGAACUGCCACGAGUGUGCACGGGGAGAGUGCCAUGCCAGACAGGAACUGAAGUAAUACCCUGUGAUACGUGUUAACUUGCCUUGGAAUGCUUUGUUAUUAAAACACUCUGAACAUAA